GCACGCGCACACCUCUAUCAAAGCAGCUGUUAUCAACAGCGUUUUUCGUGAAAAUUUGUUUAAUUUGUGAAUUUGUGAAGCGAAAAACUCGGUUUUACCCUUGAAAUGGGCUCGAAGCGCCGCAACAUCGAGGACGAGUUGUCCCGUUUCGAGGCAGAAAUCUCAAAGCCUCCCGCCCGCAACCUGUUCGUGCCCAAUCAAGUGCGGCCCAUCAUCGCCGCCAACACCUACAACAAUGUCCAGCAAAAGCUGCAGCAACACCAGCCCACUGGAAGUGGGGGAUCACGGUUAACUGUGCCACCGCCUCCGAUCCCGCCGCCGCCCACUUUCAUGUCCACCUUCGUGCCCACGAGCAACGGGAGUAGUUCAUCCUCGUCUAAUCAUAGCAAGCCGAUGUCCGCCACGCCCGUGGUCCUGAGCAGCGCCCCCAAGCUGUACCAGUGCCGGCAGUCCGUUCAUGUGCCCACAGUUGCCGCUGCACCCUCCAUCGACAUCAACGCCGUGUCGUUCGACGUGACACAAAAGCUGAAGAAGCUGAAGGCAGAGAAGUCCGGCCCGAAUCCCAUUGCCGAGGAGGCCAUCAAGGCGGCGCGCGCCUCUUCGGCGCUGCAGUCUUUCCAGACAACGGAGCGCAAGAAGAAGGACCGGAAGACGGUUCGGAUUGCUGGCGGAAGCGUGUGGGAGGACUCCUCGCUGGCCGACUGGCCCGACGAUGAUUUCCGAAUUUUCUGCGGCGAUCUGGGAAACGAUGUCAACGAUGAGGUGCUCACCCGCACCUUUAACAAGUUCCCCUCGUUUCAGCGGGCGCGCGUGGUGCGCGACAAGCGUACCGGCAAGAGUAAAGGAUUCGGAUUUGUCAGCUUUCGGGAGCCGGCGGACUUUAUUCGUGCCAUGAAGGAGAUGGACGGCCGCUAUGUAGGCAGCCGACCGAUUAAGCUGCGCAAGAGCACUUGGAGGCAACGCAGCCUGGACGUGGUCAAGAAGAAGGAGCGCGAGAAGCAGGUUCUCCUGCAGGCGUUCAACUCCAUGAACUGAAUCAGCCAGCGUCCGCGUCCUCUUUAAUUUUUAGGCUAGUUUCGGUCACUUUGAAGUAGCAAAUUUGUUUUCGACGUUGCUGCCAAAGAUGAGCAAUAAAUUUACAUUUAGCAAUCGA